GUUCAACUUAAGCUUCUACAGGGAAGAUAUUUCCAGCAGUUUCUGAAUGCAGUAGUUCUGAAGGAAGUUGAUCUCGGACAGAAAAAGUGUGACUUAAAGACCAUGUCAGGGAUAGUCAGGAGAGUUCUGAGGAGGAAGUGGUACUACUACAGACUCCUGGGCCGGGCCAGGCACAGACAGCACUUUCGGUCACGGAGUCGCUGCCUUGCCGCUAACAAAGAGUCACCCACUGACAGGGUGGGCCGGCGGCGCAGCAUGCCAAGCAGUACAGUGGACAAAGCAGUGGUCGCCAUGGAUGCAGACACAUCAACAUCUUUUAAAGUCACGGGCUUCUUGAGCCGCAGACUGAAGGGUUCCAUCAAACGCACCAAAAGCCAGCCGAAGCUCGACCGUCACAGCAGCUUCAGGAACAUCUUGCCGGGCUUCAAAAGCACGGAGAAUGACAGAUCCCAUCUGAUGCCGAGGCUGAAGGAAUCACGGUCUCACGAGUCGUUGCUCAGCCCCAGCAGUGCAGUAGAAGCUCUAGAUCUCAGUAUGGAGGAGGAAGUGCUCAUCAGACCAGUGCACAGCAGCAUCCUGGGACAGGAUUUCUGCUUCGAGGUAACUACUUCAACAGGAAGUAAAUGCUUCUCAUGUCGGUCAGCUGCCGAGAGAGACAAAUGGAUGGAGAAUUUGAGACGUGCUGUGCAUCCCAACAAGGAUAACACCCGUCGGGUAGAAAACAUGCUGAAAUGUUGGAUUAUCGAGGCCAAGGACUUGCCGGCAAAGAAAAAAUACUUCUGCGAACUUUGUCUAGAUGACACGUUAUACGCACGGACUACCUGCAAACUCAAAACGGACAAUGUUUUCUGGGGCGAACACUUUGAGUUCAACAACCUGCCCUCGAUCAAGAGUAUCACCGUGCACCUUUACAAGGAAACAGACAAAAAGAAAAAGAAGGACAAAAAUAAUUACAUCGGGCUGGUCAAUAUCCCCAUAGCAGCAAUCACUGGGCGACAGUUUGUGGAAAAAUGGUAUUCAGUGAGCACACCGAAUCCCAAUAAAGGAAAGACUCCGGGGCCCAUGGUCCGAAUGAAAUCUCGAUACCAGAGCAUGAGUAUCCUUCCCAUGGAGCUGUACAAAGAGUUUGCAGAGUAUAUUACUAAUAAUUAUAUGUUAAUGUGCUCGGUGUUGGAGCCAGCACUUAGUGUGAAGAACAAAGAGGAGAUGGCUUGUGCACUUGUUCAUAUCCUGCAAAGCACAGGCAAGGCCAAGGACUUUCUAACGGAUCUGAUGAUGUCUGAAGUGGACCGUUGCGGAGACAACGAGCAUCUCAUAUUCCGUGAAAACACUUUGGCCACUAAAGCUAUAGAGGAGUACCUGAAACUAGUGGGACAGAAGUACCUACAGGAUGCUUUAGGUGAAUUUAUAAAAGCCCUCUAUGAGUCAGACGAGAACUGUGAGGUGGAUCCCUCUAAGUGCUCCUCCAGCGACCUGCAUGAACACCAGAGCAACCUGAAGAUGUGCUGUGAGCUGGCUUUCUGCAAGAUCAUCAACUCUUACUGCGUGUUUCCUCGGGAACUCAAGGAAGUAUUCGCGUCAUGGAGGCAGGAGUGCAGUAACCGAGGACGACCAGACAUCAGUGAACGUCUGAUCAGCGCAUCACUCUUCCUGCGUUUCCUGUGCCCGGCCAUCAUGUCACCCUCUCUCUUCAGCCUCAUGCAGGAAUAUCCAGACGAUCGCACCGCACGCACACUCACGCUCAUCGCUAAAGUGACGCAAAACCUCGCCAACUUCACCAAAUUUGGCAGUAAGGAAGAAUACAUGUCCUUCAUGAAUCAGUUCUUGGAGCAUGAAUGGACGAACAUGCAGCGUUUUUUGUUGGAGAUCUCCAACCCAGAGACCAUCUCUAACACAGCAGGCUUUGAGGGUUAUGUUGACUUGGGCCGUGAACUCUCCUCUCUCCAUUCCCUUUUGUCAGAAGCUGUAUCACAGCUUGAUCAGAGUACUAUCACUAAGCUUGGCCCUUUGGCACGGAUCCUGCGUGACGUGAAUUCAGCCCUGACGAACCCCACCGGAGUCCCUGUGUCGUCUCCAACCGAACGUGUGGGCUCCCCUGGAAUACCCAGCAGCAGUCUGUCAACUGGUCUGCAGAAAAUGGUCAUGGACAGUGAGAUCACAGGGUUAGUGGAUUUCACUCGCCUGCCCUCACCGACCCCUGAAAACAAGGAUCUGUUUUUCGUAACGAGGAACUCUGUUAUUCAACCGUCACCCGCCCGUAGCUCAAGUUAUUCCGAAGCCAACGAGCCAGAUGUUCAGAUUCCCAAUGGCAGCAAGAGUUUAUCCAUGGUGGACUUGCAAGACAGUCGUUCUUUGGAGAGCGCUCCCAAUACCUCCUUUAGCGAUCCCAUCAACGACAGCCAGACAUCUGUUGGCCAGGGAACCGGAGUAUGGACCACCCGCACAGUUAAGGGCAUCACGCCCAGUGUUCCAACCCUGAGGAGAGCAGGUCAGACCUCCACAACACCGAGCUCAGAGAGUGCCCCAGGGAGGUCUCAGCUGCUCGCCCCUCUGUCCUUCCAGAACCCAGUGUACCAGAUGGCCGCCGGAUUGUCUGUGUCACCCCGUGCUGAUUCGGGGUCUGAAGGCCAGAGUUCCAUCAGCUCCCAGAGUAACGCAGAAGAGGCAGGGACUGUGGGGCCAAAGCACCCGUUCUUGAGCCAGUCCAGCACGGGUGCCAGUGGUGGAGGGGGAAGCAGUGGGGAAGAAUUUGUACGCCGUUCUGGAGAGUUCACCCGCAGACAGCUGUCUCUCACCGAGACCCAAAACCAAGCCAACGUACCACGCCAGAACAGCGCGGGGCCACAGCGCAGGAUUGAUCAGCCACCUCCAACGGUCACAAGGGGCCGCACUCCACCCAGCAUGCUCAACACCGCCCCCUAUCCCCGUCCCUCCAGUGGCAGUAUGAUGUCAUCGUCUCCUGAUUGGCCAAGCAGUGGCACCAGACUCAGACAGCAGUCAUCAUCAUCCAAAGGGGAUAGUCCAGAAUCAAAGCAACGUACCCUGCAUAAACAAGCUCCAUCUCCUGUGAAUCCAAAUGCGUUGGACCGCACUGCUGCAUGGCUGCUGAAUAUGAAUGUGCAAUAUUUGGAACAGGAGGGAACUGACCCAGAUUCGAAGCACCGGGAGGACUUUACAAACAAAGAAGAUCUCACACAAACUGAAAAGUAUCAGCAGGAGAUAGCUCUCCUGCAGGAGAAGCUGCGUAUUUCUGCUAAGAAGCUGGAAGAGUAUGAAUCUCGCAUUAAAAGCAAGGACGACCAGACCCAGAAGAUGCUCCUGGAGUACCAGGCUCGACUGGAGGACACAGAGGAACGAUUACGCAAGCAACAGGAUGACAAAGAGCUCCAGAUGAAGAGCAUCAUCACCAGGUUGAUGUCAGUUGAAGAAGAACUUAAGAAAGAUCACGCAGACAUGCAGGCCAUCGUCGACUCCAAGCAAAAAAUCAUUGAAGCCCAGGAAAAGAGAAUCGCAUCCCUGGACGCAGCUAACGCUCGGCUAAUGAGCGCUCUGUCACAACUGAAGGACCGUUACAGCAUGCAAACGAGGAACGGCAUCUCUCCAACCAACCCUUCUAAGCUGCAGAUCACGGAGAACGGAGAAUUCCGGAAUAGCAGCAAUUGCUAGCUGGAUACAAAUGCACAGGCCUACAGGCCUAGUGAUGGACAAGGGCUAUGGAGAAUUCUUAAUAUAAGACAAUAUGAAAAAAUUGCACGAAUGAGUCAAGAUUUACUUCACAAAGUCCUUAGUAUGGAAUCGGAAAUAAUUCAGCAUAUCAAGCAUAUGAAACACUUUGGCUUUGGCAAAAUCUCUUGUGGUCAUAAAUCCAACAGUUUAUACACUUCCUUCACCGGUUUGUGCACUCAGUAUUUAAAGCCUAUUGUGUCUUUUUUGGUUAUUUUAGAUUAUUAGACAUUCCAAAAUCUUAUGUCCAAUCAAAUAUUCCCAUGACGUUUCAUUCAUAGCUCUUGUCACGGGAGAAAUUCUAUAUCAUCUAUAGAUUUGAACUGUGCAUAUACGCCAUUUGGGUUCAACUUUCGCAAAGUUAGCAUGCUGGUAACGAUAUGUAAUUAUUUGUUUAAACACUGUUUUAGUGUUGUUUUAUCAUUUUCUGAUAGACCAGAACCACUUUCCUUUUUUUAUAAAUCUGUACAUUUCAUGUAAACAUUUCCGAAGACAUUUGGGUUGCUUGUGUCACAGCAGGGCAGCAGUAGCACAAAAAAAGGUAAAGCGAGAACUUUAAACAUCACAUUGUGUUGAAUACUUUGUAUGUGCAUAACAUUCUAGUCUAUAUGGAGGUGAUACGCCUCAUUAAUGUAUAUAGGUUUUAUUUUAUUUUUUAUGGCUUUUCAGAUAAAAAUUUUUUUUUUUUUUUUUUGUACAGUGCUGAGGUCUGCUGUAAUGUAUUACAAGAUAAUAUAAAAAAAAAAAAUAACAUCAUAAGCUCCGAUUUUAUAUUCAGAUGCUGUUCGAGACCGGGCAAAGUUGAUCAUAAAUUUUAAAGAAAUGGUUCACCCCCAAAAAAUUUCAUUCUGCCAUUUUUUUUUUUUUUUUUUUUCAUACAACUGAAGUGAAUUUGAGUAUUUAAGUAUCUGAGAAUUUGACUUGUACUGUCUUUCUGCCUAACAUCUCCUUUUGGGUAACAAGGGAGAAAGAUUAACUCAUGUGGGUUUGGAACAACAUGAGAGUUAAUGGGUGAUCUAUCCCUUUAACCACUCCACAAACGCUUAUCAAUGCUAAGACAUGGAGAAAGCCCUCUUGCUGCUUGCUGUACUCACGUGGCCAGUAUUAGACUCCACAUUGAGUAUCAUACCUACAGUACAACCAGUGUCUGUCCCUCACAACGUCUUUAUUCCACUCUGUGCACUUUCUAUAGCAUUAGAAUGUAUAUCUUCAGAAGCGAUAUGAUAAGUGUGGAUUAGAAACAGAUCAAUAUUUAAGUCUUUUUUUACUAUUAAUCUCCACUUAUCGCCACCUACUGGGCAGGCAGGAGAAUUUAUAGUAAAAAACUACACCUAGCAUAUCGCUUCUGAAGAUAUGGAUUUAACCACUGGAGCCGUAUGGGUUACUUUUAUGCUACCUUUUAUGUGCUUUUUGAGCUUGAACAUUUUGGUACCCAUUCACUUGCAUUGUUAGGACCUACUGAGCUAAGACAUUCUAAAAAAAAAUUGUUCGUGUUUAGCAGAAGAAAAAAGUCUCUCACGUCUGUGAAGGCAUGAGGGUGAGUAAAUGAUGACAGAAUUUUUUUAUUUUUGGGUGAACUUUCCCUUUAAGAGUCCACACAUCAUGGCAAUAUUUGCAUCAAACCUGUAGACAGACCCUACAAAGGUUCGCUCUAAUAUUACUGGUAUUAAAAUAGUAUGUUCUUGGUCGAGUUUUAGCUUAAAAUAUUUCAAAUAGUUCACCUAAAAAUGAAAAUGCUGUCAUCAUUUUUUCACCCUCAUGUUGUUCCAAACACAUAUUAAUUCGUUUAUUCCAUGGAAUAUAUAUAUGUUAUCAUACAAGCUCGAGAGAAAGUGUGCUCUUUUUGAUUGUUGUUUGGAAUUAUGCACUUCUUUUAUUUAUGUUUUAAAUUAUGGUCGGCUCCUUAAUUUAUUUAAGUAUAUGUGUUGUCACAACUCCAAGGUUAAGAGUACUUGUUGAAGUUUGAAUGCUGGACAUUUCCAAACGUUAGCUCAGAAAAAGACCACACUCAUUCAAAACAACUUGUCUUCUUAAAGGCGCACCCAGUAAUUUUCAUGUUCCACUGGUUGACAUGGCAGGUCUUGGACUUAUACUGACAUCUAGCGGCGAGGAUGCAGUAUCACAGGCAAGCAAUGUUUCUCAGUUAACGAUGCCAUGGUACAAAUGUAUUAUAUUUAGUCAGCAAUUAUUAAUUUAUACAGUAAGCAAAGGUGUCCAAUAAUUAGAGGGUUACCAAGAUAAAAUGCGUAGUGUACGGCAGGUCAUACACAUAGUUGCAUAUAAAAUUAUUAUAUCUAAAUUAUUAUAUUAUAUAAGAUGAUCACGGUGCCCUGCUUGGCCACCCCUGUGAAAAAUCUGGCACCACCCCUGUCUAUAGGUUGCUGGAAAACUGGAGUCUUCAUCUCAUGUAAGUUAGAUAAUUUAAAAUAUAUUUUUUGGUUUGUUUGUUUGUUUUGUUAGUCUAUAUAAUGAGGAACAAUUACUGAGUGCACCUUUAAAAUAUAGAGUAACUAAAAUAAGCAAAUGAAACAUGUCAUAUUCAAUUUUUUUAGGUAAUAGUUCUGCACAUUAAAACACUAUUUAAAGAAGAAAAAAAAUCCUCCCUUAAAACACGAUGUAAAAGUCAAAGGGCUUCUGUCUAGUAACACUUUGAAGACAACAUUUAUAUAUUUUUUCCCGUUUAGCAUGAUUAUAUAUAAACAAACAAAACAAGAAGUAAAAAUCUCAUCUUUUUUUAUACGUUUUAGAGUUACGCUGACAGGUUUGCCACAUGUAUAUACAUGAACAGAAGACAUACCAAUAUAUGACAAGUCAUUAAUUCUGUUGAAGAAAAUGUUCUGUGCAAUUCAUGUACAAUUGCCUCUAGAAUUAUUAAAGUUUUAUUUAGCUAUUUCCAGGUUCUGACUUCAUUUGUUAGUUUGCUGUACAGUCCAAGAAAAAUAAUGUUGUUGAGAAUAAGAUAUAUUGUUUCACUUGUGUAAAGUUAAGUAAAUGCUAUGGGCAGAAUGUAUAUAUCCAUGUAGAAUGCCAUUGUCAAUAUGAGUGCACUAAAAUGAGUGCCAUUCAAAAUAAAAGCAAAAUAUUUGUCCA